AUGUCUUUAUCUAGCGAACGCGAGCCGGGUACCGUUAAAUGGUUUAACGACGAGAAAGGAUAUGGAUUUAUUUCUCCCGACACUGGAGCCAAUGACUUAUUCGUCCAUUUUAAAGCAAUUCGCGGCUCGGGGUUUCAAACGCUGAAAGAAGGACAAAGGCUGUCACUAGAGCUCUUCUUCAGAAACCCGGCAGACUCCCGCGCCAAGGCCGUAAUACAUACCAUCUAG